UCCUAUUUCAAUGUUCAGGGCAUCCUUUUUAUUUAAAUUGUGCACAAAGUUAUUGAUAAACUAAACAUGCAGUCUGAUAAAAUAUUUGUUCACAAUCGCAUCGGAUUACUCAGUGCGAUGAAUUUUAUUCAGUCGCCUAACUCUACUCGUUCUCGUGGUAGUACUACGACUACUGCGAGUACUAUUGCGGUUUCGCCGCGUUUACCUUCGCCUAUUUCGGACUUGGAAGAAGACAACGGAUAUAAGUCUUGGGAAAACGCAGGAAGAAGUGGAUCCACAGAAAGUGAAAGCGAUUUGCCGCCAAUUUCAUCUGGAAGGUCGUCUGCGAGUGAUGUAUUUAUGCCACCACCUACAAGUUCGGCUGUUUUGCGACGCAGAGUUGAAAAGAAUUUUGCAGCCACUCCGGUAUCAAAACCAAGAGCUGGAAGUGGAAACCCUUGGAUCACAAGCACUCCAUGCACAGAAAGUGCGGCCACAAGAACCAUGCAAAACAGAGGGCAAAAAUUACAAAUUCCAAACGAGAAAAAAUCAGUAAAUUCGUCGCUAAAUUGGGACUCGGUAGAUGAAGGACGUUCGUCGCAACAGUUAACACAAGAAGAUUGCUGUGAUCACGAACUGUGUGAAUGUCAGCCUCAGUUAAAAUUCAGUUUUGCCAUUAACUGCGAUGAAGGCAGUAGCGUGGUUCAUAGUACAUUUUCAGACGUUGAAAGUCUGUCAGAAGAAGAUUUAAAAUUUGAGGAAGACGAGAAAGUACUCAGCGGGGAUCGGUUGAGCCAAAUGACACGAACAUACCAUGAUAUUGAAGCAGUAACACAUUUAUUGGAAGAGAAGGAAAGAGAUUUGGAACUAGCAGCUCGUAUUGGACAAACUCUUUUGCAAAAGAAUAGGGAUAUUGUGCAUCGCAAUGAACAGCUUGAAGAGCAAUUAGCUGGAGCUUUAGAAGAGGUCUCACAGUUGCGCCAUGAAAUUAGUCUCAAAGAAGACUUGCUUCACACCUAUGCUGACGAUGAGACAGAUUCAAGUGGCGCUCCUUCCCCUGUCAAAGAACUCAAGAACUUUGGCCGAACAGGAAUGUAUAAUCAUAUUGAAAGCCUUCACAACAAGAUUCGUAAAUUAGAAUCUGAAAAUGGCGUACUCAAAGUUGAGAAAGUGCAAGCUCAGAGUGAAAACGAAGCAUUAGAAUCAGAAGAACAACAACUGGUUUCUGAUGCAGUGAAAGAACUAAAUGCUUUGAGAGAGGAACUAAGAGAGGCAAGAGAUAGUAACAAACUUCUUCAAGAAGAAUUGUUGCUAAGAAAUGAAGAAUCUGUUCGCCAACAAGAGGAAAUUACUAGGUUAUUGACACAAAUUGUUGACAUGCAAAGGAAACAGAAACAACUUGCUCUUGAAAAUGAAGAAUUACAACAACAUCUCACUGCUGCUAACAACACUCAAUAUGAACUUACAAGAGAGAUUCAAGCCCUAGAAGACAGAUAUCAGGAAGUUACAAAUAUGCUUGACGAGACUAGAGAAGAAGCUAGAAUACUCAGAGACAAUCCUGAACACUAUGGAAGAACUGUGCCUUUUAGUGACUCUCUUGCUGCUGAGUUAGAAUGCAGUGGAGGGAUGUCUGCCGAAAUGAAUUUCCAAGAUUUUCCUCAACCUAAUAGUUUCUAUAAUCCUUUGUCUGGUUCCAUUGAAUGGUCGUCUCCUCCUUCAAGUGUGGUUGAUGAAGAUAAUGAUAUUGAAAAUAUUUCUCCUGACACACGUGAGACUUUAAAAUUGUCAAGAUAUACGAGAUCUGAACCAAGAAUUAGAAGUAGGAGAGAUGAAACGUUUAGUCAAAGAGUUCUAAAUACAGCAAGAUUCGUCAACAACGUGAAAAACUUUUCGAUGAAUUCCAAAUUCCAGUAUACAACUCCUAAAAAGCAAGAUCGCCCUAUUCCAACUCCUCUUCCAAUACCUGGAUCAAAUAGGCUCCCAUGCUUUAUUCAUCAAGCUUCCCCAGAAAGUGGGCAAUCAUCUGGCAGCCGAUGCAUGUCAAGUACACCUCAUGACAAACACCGUCUUGCUAAUCGUUCGUCCAUUUAUCACAAUUACACCCAAAGUAUACAUGGUUGCGUUACCCCACUCAAAAAUGCAUCCUCUACCACCCCAUCUUCUGUUUCAAACACAAAAUCAUCCUCACUUCGCUUACAACUCGCAAAUAAAAAAUUAUUAGCCCAACAAAGUACAACUUUGCACAAUGCUCAAAAAAUUUCAGCCUUGUCUGAAUCCACCAAAUCCUCCCUUUCCCGUCACAACCGCUCCCUUUCUGCUUUGCCGAAUAAGGCCGAGGAGAUUUGCAAAAAGAGAGCUGAGAGAUCGUGGCAUGGAGAGUCUUUGGAGAGCUUGGCAGAGGAGAGUAGCCCAAAGCUGGGGUUGACAACCCCCAGCCUUGGACGUCCCGGUAUUCCAGGAACAGAAGAUUUGGAAAGAGCUAUCAGGAAAUUAGCUUUGAGAAGAGAGAAUGCAAGAUAUAUGGAACUUGACAGAAGGCUUGCUAUGAACGAUGAAUCAUUCAAUGAUCUUUGCGGAAGUGGAAACAACACACCCUGGUCAUCAAUGCCAUCUGGUGGACAAACUCCUCCACCAUCUUGUCCUAGCAGCCCUAAAGGAUCACGAAAAAAAUAUAGAUAUGGACCUGGGUCAUCACUGGCUCCUAAAUUGAGGAUUGUCAAACCACUUGAAGGAUCGGUGACAUUGAAUCAUUGGAAAUUUCUUGCUGAAAGAGAUCGUUUGCUGACGCUGCAACCAAGAUCAGACAUUCCAUCUGGAAUUAUCACUCGCGAGCGCGUAGCUGAGGCAUUAUCUCGAUCCCGUGACGGCAACUCUAGUAAUUCAUCAACAACAGAAUCUAAAACAUCAUCAAACGAAACUCCACUAAAAUCCUCAAUUAUAAAGAUGGCGUUUUCUGGAAAGAGUUCUGGGUCCCCUCUCUGCAUGACUACGGCCUUUCCUAUGCCAAUUUCAUCUUCUCCUACUCAAAAAGAAUCUGAAAGAAGUACAAAUGAUGAUGUGAAAGCACAACAAGCGUCAACUGUUCCAAUUAACAAAGCACCAGAGAUAUCACCAAUACGCCCGGGAAAACAGUUUCCGCUAACAUUGACUCAAUAUACUUAUAUAAAUAGUAGAGUUAUGAACCCUACACAUGAGUCUACAACUACUCCACUUUGUUCAACAUCGACUCAACAGUCAGUCUCUUCUUCUGUAUCUUCUCGAUCGUACUUAUCUUCCAUUCAUCCUUUCUUAUCCGGACAAACUAAGAAACAAGAUGUCAAUAAGCAACCGAACAAAUUCAUUGUUGAUAAUACGAGAACAUGUAGUAUGCAGUUAGGGCUCGCACAUCUUUUCAAGGAGCACAGUGUCAACGGUCUUCCACCUCCAGAAAUUGCACCAGCUACCAGUUCCAUAGUAACAUCAGAACUAGAAAAGAAUGGUGAUGUAGAGUCGCCACCCCUUCUCAGCAAUGGAGAAAAGUCAGCUUUCACUCUGACUUCAAAUGCUGAAACUCGAUCAUCUGCUGGACAUGUUGUUUGGAACAGGAGUUUACAAAGAACAUUUUUAUUGCCUUCUUCACUUCCUACUAGCAAUAUUCUCUUCAAUUUGAAUAGGAGAAGUGAUUCAAGAAAACCUGAAACACCUCCAAAUUCACCAUUAACUAAUGUACCAUCUUCUUCAUCUUUUCUACUCAAUGAAAUCAUUUCUGAAACAACUUCACCAACUCCAGAGGAACCUCAGAAAGAGGAAAAAUUGUUCAGUUCAAAUUUACUUUCAAAAUUGGCACAAAUUGGAUGGAUGGGAUUACAAGGUUUUGCUGGAAUGAAGACUUCAACGCCCACGUCUACCGCAAAGACCUCUCACACAAAUGCCUGCACUACUAUAUCAUCAACAAAAUUCUCAUCACCAAGAAACUCAAUAUCAAAAUGUGCCACUGCACCUGGAUCCUUACUUGCCAAGGAUUCGACAACACCAACUUCAACGAAAAAUUCAUCUCGACUCUCCUUGAAUAUUAAAACUCCGUCCACUGAUCAAGGCCUGCAGAUGUCGCCUGCUGUGACCGAUUGGGCCGAAUUGCAUGGCAGCAGUGGGGCUCUGAAUCUUCCAAAAGGACUAAAUGAUCCCGAGACCGACAUUUCGGACGGAUAUUUAGAUGAAGUUUCGGACCCACCGACGCCAAAAUCAGAUGACAAACAUAGUCUACCACAAACUUCGGACGCUAAAAAUUUGUCGACUGGUACGGACAACAGACCGGGACUGGAAUUCUUUUCUGAGAGCAACAGAUCAACGAGACCUAAAGUUACGAAGUUAUCCGGCACUAAAACGAAACGGAGAACUGCUAAAAAUAGUUCCAAAUUAUGAGAAUCCGAAUAGUAGAUUGUAUUACACCAUUAUAGGUAAUACUAGGCAAGUAUAUACCCUUGUUUAUUUUUCAUUUAUUUCUUCAUUACCAUUGCAUUUAUCGUGACUGUGUGCCCAAAUGCUUGCGCCCAAUACGUAAUAUUUUCUGUAAUAAUUUUACUAUAAUGCAUUAAUUGCUAUUAAUUAUUUCUGGUGUUUAUAAUUAUUACUAUCGCAGUAUAGAAUUUUCUAAGUUAUGUUCAUUCAAGUAUGAAUCAUGUUUAUAUUUUGAUAACCAUACACGACUCAUACUUGAUUGAGCAUGUAUAGAAAUUUCGGCAUGCUUUUCUAAAAAAUGAAACUGUGACCUGACGCUGCUACUAUUCUACUUGAAUAGUAAAUUAUAAAGUAUAAUCGUAUUUAUAAAUGUUGAUAUUAAUAAUAAUAAUAUUUUUAACAAAUGUUAUAUCUAAUCUAAAGUAAGUAUGUUCACCAUUGCGUUUUUGUUCACCAAUGCUUUUUUUUUCUGUACUAAUUUCUGCUCCGAAUGCUGCUUUUGUUGCAAUUUUUUUACAAUCAUUUGCCUGCGUGGAACUAAUUUUUAUUUUCGACUUCUUGUACCGACAGAAAGGAUUCAUGUUGUGCUGCACUGAGUAUGUUUAUACCGCUUCAUACUUGGUUCAAGUGUGGUUGUACCCAAAGGGACACACUAGAGGAAAUCUGGCCUUAACUUAGUGAUUAGAUUUUCAGCCAGCUUGAACCAGCACUGGAUACAGCUUUUAUAUAAUUGGUGUAAUAGUCACGACUCACUGCACAUGGUUUUUUGCUUUUAUUUAUUUAUUUAUCGACCGAAGUGUUUACCAACUGCUAUGUUUGUUUGCAUGCGUGUGGUUAUUUAUUAAAACCCUUUCUUUUUUUCUUGUCGAUUUUAUCAAUGUUCCACAUCAAUAAUAAAGUAUUUUUUAUCAA